ACUGAACACGCAGCGAAAUUGUAGACUGCCUGUAUCUGCUUGCAACCAUGGCAGCGCGCGGCGGGUCAACCCGCAUGAGGGAAUGGUGGUGGCUGGGCUUCGAUCAGAAGUUGCCGAUCAGUCCAGAGCAGUGGAAGCCCUACGACCCAAAUGUGCAGUACCACCUGACGGCAUCCUGGAACGCGAUGCUCAUGGAGGAUCGCCACGAGGGAAUUCUGCUUGACCUCGCUGUAUUCACGGAUCCGCCACAGCCGUACCAGGUCUGGAGAGGCGAUCCGGUGGAGGUGAACAACCAGAAGGAAGAGCUUUGCGGGCACCUGGCCAUCGCCGGCUAUCCCAAGGCUUUGUGGGAGCUGCCCAAACAGAUGCUGCCGGCCAGCCCAGCUUCCAAGCAUGGGAAGGUGAUUGGUGGCUU